UUUAUUUCUUUCUUUUCAACGUUCUGGGAAUCAACUGUGUAUCCAGAAUAUCCUCAUUAAACUACAUCAAAAUUAAUCCCUAACAAAUGAAGGUUAUGAAAUGUUUACGAGGCCCCGAUUUUACCUUUGUCUAAAAUAUAGUUUAAACAAUUAAAAUUCUAUAUUUUAGAAUAUUUUCGUGCUUACAGAAGUUUAAUUGACAAUUUUAAAAGGAGUUGUGUUGACUAAUGUCUGGAACUUAUUUUGCUUAGAUGGCGCCCUCUAGCAGUUAAUGUGUCAAAUAUACGCGUGUCGUCCAUGUUCCGAAUGUGGUGUGACUUAUUUUUGUUUUGUGUAAAUUAUCCUAGCAAUAUUAUAAAUGCGAAAAGCCACAGUAUGUUUUAUCGAAUAUAGUGUAAUCUUGCUCCGGCUGAAUGGAUCCCGCCGUCGCGUGGUAUCAGCCCGAGCAGGAAGGACCCGCGAAGCGCCUGUGGCUUCGUAUUUGGGAUACUCAAAGUGAAUUAGACAAAAUGAACUUGAAAAACAUAGAAAACGCAAACCCUAAUGUGAACAAAGCACAGGACUUUAUACCAAUAAAUGACGUGAAUGGUGAAAAUAGGAAUAAUAAUUAUUUUAAUCCCGCGCGGAGGAAAGUUAACGACAAUCGAGCCUCAACUUUUAACCUGAAUAAAAAUCACGAUGCUCUCAUAGGAGAAUACGGAGGCUGUCCGUGGCGAAUACCUAAUUAUGCGUACAAGCCGGGAGUGUUGGGGCUCCACGAAGAGAUCGAUCACUUCUACAUGUACAUGUCGCCGACGGAGACGGAGCACCUGGUCCGCUCGACCGUGGUGAACAGAAUCCGCGCCGCCAUCCUGUCGCUCUGGCCCCAGGCCCGGGUCGAGGUGUUCGGUUCAUUCCGUACUGGACUGUACCUGCCGACCAGCGAUAUAGACCUAGUCGUUAUUGGUCAGUGGGAGAAGCUCCCGCUCUGGACUCUGGAGCGGGAGCUCGUGGUGCAGGAUAUUGCAGAGAAGGAGAGCAUCAAGGUGCUCGAGAAGGCCACCGUGCCCAUCGUCAAGAUGACCGACAAAUAUUCUGAUGUUAAAGUGGACAUAUCUUUCAACAUGAGCAGCGGCGUGAAGAGCGCCGAACUUAUCAAACAUUUCAAGGAGAAAUACCCAGUCCUUUCUCGACUGGUGAUGGUCCUGAAGCAGUUUCUCCUGCAGCGAGACCUGAACGAAGUGUUCACUGGAGGCAUCUCCUCGUACUCCCUGAUCCUCAUGUGCAUCAGCUUCCUGCAACUGCACCCUCGGCCCGAGCGCCUGAGGCAGCCCAACAACCUGGGCGUCUUGCUCAUCGAGUUCUUCGAACUCUACGGCAGGAAAUUUAACUACGUGAAAACCGCCAUCAGAGUCAAGAACGGCGGCUCCUACGUCUCCAAGGACGAGAUACAGAAGGAGAUGAACGACGGUCACCGUCCGUCGCUGCUGUGCAUCGAGGACCCGCUGACGCCGGGCAACGACAUCGGCCGCUCCUCCUACGGCGCCCUGCAAGUCAAGCAGGCCUUCGACUACGGGUACAUCGUGCUGCAGCAGGCGGCGGCGGCGGGCGCGCCGGGCGUGCUGGGCCGCGUGCUGCGCGUCACCGACCACGUGCUGCAGUACCGCCGCUGGGUGCGCGACACCUUCCACCCCUACUUCUUCCCGCCGCCCGCGCCGCCGCGCCCGCACGACGACUCCGACCAGGAGUGGUCGUCCGGCUCGGUGUCGCCGCCGCCCGCAGCGCCGUCCCCGCCGGCCGCCGCGCCCUCCCCGCCGCCGCUGUCGGCGCUGCAGUGCUCGUCGCCCACCCCGCGCCGCGUCUCCGCGCACCAGAGCCUCAUAAUACACCACAUCACCAGCAACUCCGACUUCAACAACAUCCCCUCCGAACGUAUUCGCGUCGCUCGGGAGGGCUCGCGCCGCCCGUCGCCGACCUAUACUUACAAACAACGUUGGACAUCUCCAGGCGUGAUCCAGCGCUACGGCACCGCCGAGCCCAGCAAGGCGCGCCCGCAGCGCCCCCUGUCCGCCAAGCAGCGCCGCCAGCCGUCCCCCCACGGCGCCCCCUCCCCCGCGGUGCACGGGGGGCCGGGGGGGCCGCGCCGGGGGGCCGACCGCCACAAGAAGCGGCGCCACUUCACGCAGCGCUCGUAGCGGAGCCGCCCCCCGCCCUGCGCAAUGCAAUUGACAAUGUGGGAUUUGUUAUACUUCUUGUUCGGUGCAACCAAUUAAUGUUCGAAUUUGAUUACUUGUGUUGCUGUCCGCUCACAAACACAGAACUUAGUGAUAUUAUAACGAUAUGUUUGGUCAUCAGACUGUGUGUUUGUUUGUUUGGCCGGCCCGGGCGGCUGCGUCCCGCGGGGCUGCGCUGUGUGCACUUGAAUGUCCGGCUUCUCAUAAAUAUUGAAAAGCACACGCUUUGUUGAAUAAUAUAAUGUAAUUUACUAUAAUACAGUUUCGAGGAAAAGUGAAAAAUCGAUUAACUUAAUUUUAUUUAUUGAAAAAAAUAUUGUAAGCUAAUAAUUAGAUAUUGAUUCUACUAAUGGAAUGAAAUAUAAAAAAUAAAAAGACUGGCCCAAGGACAACAGCUGAUUGAGAAUAUUCCAGCGCUGAGAGCGGGACGACACACCGGCAUUAUAACAAAAGGUCACGAGAAAGACUGAAAUUGUUUUGUAAAGCAAUGGAAUGAAAACUAAAUAAAAAAUGACGCAAUCAGGAGGUUGUUCAGAACAGCAGGACGUUAGAAAUAAUUAUAGGAAUGGACGCCUCCCCCGCCCCCCGCGCUCCCCGGCCCCGCCCCCCGACCCCGCGCGGGGAGUAGACGCGGUGGACCAGAAGUCAAUUCGCGCGCUCACCAACGAACAGACGAUGUUGCGAAAUGUUUUAUUUUAAAAAUGACUACUGCAAAGUAUGAAUGUUUUAGAAGAAAAAUUUUGGACAGAUAUUUUAAAGAACAUGGGAUUGCUUGAAUAUUUUUUAAUCAGCGACAAACUGAUACGUCUGAACCUUGCAGAUGUGUCACAGCUCUGCUACUCUGUCGUGCAGACAACUCUGCCAUUAAAUUUGCACAAGUCCGCGUGUCCCACAGUGGAGGGGGACGCACGUGGGGUGCCACCGCGGCCCCCCCGGCAGUAUCUGGACGUAGCGCGUCCCCCCGGCGUGUCCCCCGGCGCGUCCACCCAGCGGACGGACAAGGAGAUCAUGUCUCUAAGUACAUACACUAAUGUAUUAUAUUUUUGCAAAUUUCUAAUUCUCUGAUGUUUUGUGUAGCAAUAUCGUGUAGAGGCGCCGCCCCCCUGCUCGCGCGCUGCUGCAGUGUCCGUUCCCCCACAGUACAUUCUAUACAAAUAUUGCCGCAUAAAACGUUCAAAUCGUGUAACAUAAAUUUAGAUUUAAGGAAUAUGAGGUGUUGCAACAUGCGAGGGCCGAGCGCGCCGCCCUCUCACUCGUUUAGAUUCAAGUUAUAAUGAGUGAGAUAGAGAUAGAGAAUACAAUUAAAAUGUUUACUACGUAAUGUGGGAAUUUAAGCAAAUAUAGGCGUCCGUAUGUGUACUGCGUGCGGGCGUGUUACUGUGCUCCGGGUGAAUGAUAAAUAUUUUCCUUUUUAAAAGCUUGUAAAUUUGACAUUCUACUAGUGGUAAAAAGAUAUUUUAUUGUAAAAUAUUCAAAUAUUUUACUGGUGGUAGGACCACUUGUGAGUCCGCGUGGGUAGGUACCACCGCCCUGCCUAUUUCUGCCGUGAAGCAGUAAUGCGUUUCGGUUUGAAGGGUGGGGUAGCCGUUGUGACUAUACUGAAACCUUAGAACUUAUAUCUCAAGGUGGGUGGCGCAUUUACGUUGUGGAUGUCUAUGGGCUCCAGUAACCACUUAACACCAGGUGGGCUGUGAGCUCGUCCACCCAUAUAAGCAAUAAUAAAAAAGAUAAGCGAGAUGUAGCGUACCGUAACAAAUGAAACAUAACAGUAAUUCUAUACUAUGCAGUUUUAUGGGAUCACUUAAAAUGUAAACGAUAUAGACACAGACUUGUUGGUUCAUAGAGUGUAUCACAUUGACGGUGGAACAACGUGGCCACGUGAUCGCGCCCGCCCCCGCCCGCCGUGAUCUGCCGCACCACACUGUGUAUCAGAUUUCUGCCUAUUUCUGCCGCGCUGUAGUCAUGCGGCAUGCAACAGUACCGCCUGACUCACGUGGCACAUUCACUGUAUGGGCCCGGCAAAAAAACAUCACAUAGCUUAAUUCUAAUAAAUCACUAAACUAGUUACCCAAAUUUUGUUACUAUGUAUAUAAUAUUGUGUGUAGUUAAGUAUCUCAUAAAUUUAAUUUUCAAAAACACGUAUUUUAAAUCUAAUAAAUUUUUUGUCACAUACAAAUUUGAUCGAUUUGGUCGCCGACUGGUGGCCCCCCGGACUAGUGGUCUCCGGGCUGGCUGCUCCCUAUGGGUUCGCAAUAAUAUUAAUUCUGUGUCACAAUUAAAUAAUAGUCGGGAGGUCGUCAGCUGAGUUAAUGUCAAAAGAGACUUUAAAAGAAGAACCGCACUAAUCUUCUGAAACAAUUUGAAAACCGCCUCCCGAGUCGGGUGCGGCCCGCGGUAGUUGCUCGGUCCUCGUGUGUUGCUAGCCCUCUUGUACAUAAAGUGUUAAUGUACAUACUCAUUUGUAUAUAACGUGUACAUACUCGAGAUAUAUAUAUUUAAAAUUAUUAUAAAAAUAUACUUUAAAGAGAACGUUUUAAAAAUAAAAAUUGAAAAAAGUAAAAAAAAUAAAAUAAACACACGCCGUGAGUAUGAAGCGGAAAAAACGA